CGUAUCUCGCCUUGACUUGCCUUAUCGCUGGCUGCCUGUUUGUGUGUCUGCUGGUGGUGUGUGCGUACACUGUGUCUGACGAUGUCUGUCUGUCUGUCUGUCUGUCUGCUGUCUGUCUGUCCUGAUCGCUCCGUCCACUGGGGGUUAGCAGCAGAGAGAUGAGCAGUGAGGCGCACACGCGCGGAGAGAGGGAGGGAGGGAGGGAGACUGGGGGGUAUUUGUCCUACCUGUCUGUUUGCUGUCUGUGCGACACGAGGGGGCGUUUGAAAGGCCAGGCCACGCCGAUUUUCGCUUUCUGGGCGUCUGCUUGCUUGGGUGCAGCAUGUAAUGGCGAUGGAUGAGGGAGGAGAGGACAAGACAGCUAGGGCGCUGAGUGGCGUUAAGUAGGGUGGGUGGGGAUGUGGGUGGAUGGAUGGCGGCCUUUUUUCGUUUCGUUUUCCGUGUGGGACGUUUGAUUUCUCCGACACACAUACACGACAUGCGAACGUGGAGCGCAGUUGGCCAUAGAUGGUUGUAUGUGUGUGUGUGUCUGCCUUUUCGUGCCAGCGGGCAGACUGACGGACGGGGUAUUAAUCGCUCGAGCUCAAACACCGUGGAUGGAUGGAUGGAUGUUGGUUGGCAGAGACUUUCUCUUGCAUUGAUUGUUGAGACUCGGACGUGCCUGCGAGAAUGGCUAGGCCAUUAAAUAUCCUCGCCACAAGCUGGGGGUAGGCUGGGGGCCACUGAGGCGCAAGACGGCCACGAUGAAGACCGCUGCCUCCGUGCUUCUCAUCAUCAGCGCCUGCUCUGCUGCAGGUAAGGCUCACGUGAAUCCUGACGGACUGUUCCGUGACCCGACCGCAUUAAUUACAGCCGGGGCGAUGACUGGAGCGCUGGACGUGACGGAGCCCCUGGCAGCCGGACUGGAGGAUGAGCGCCCCAAGUGCAGGGUCAUGUUCGAGGUGAGACGGAAAGAAGCAAAAAGCUCGACGAAGCUCAGCUGCACGCAGGCUUCAUGUUUGUUCAGGCGUCGGACGCGUCAUCAGAAAAGGACGGUGCACAUGUGUACCAAAUGGUUGGCUUCAGAUGGUCGAUUACAAAAGGCGUCUCGUGCGACGCCCAGGAGGAGACAUGCGUCAUCAGUACUGUGACGAUGUCGCAUGGGACGACAAGGUGACAGGAGACACACACACAUCACGCCUUUCUUCGUGCUGUGCUCUCCAGUGAUUGAUCGACAGCACGGAAUGAUGCUCUUAAUCGGCAGAGGUCAAUCAGUUGCAUCUGUCUGUCUGUCUGUCUGUCUGUAGACCCGCUCUGAAUAACGAACCGAGCAGACCUGGAGACCUGUUCAGCAGGUCGUGGUUGAUGGACGAGUACGUCGAGACGGCUCCCAAAGACGUCACAGGUAAGCGCAUGCACAUAUCGGAGCUAUCAGUGGCUAUCACAAUUAUCAUCCUUCUGUCGAACAGGCAAGGGCCACUGCUACAAGAAUGCGGUCACACCGGUCGUGUGCAAAACCCAAACGAAGCGAACGUUCAAGUGGAUGUUGCAGGACGGAGGCAAGUACUGCAUGGACCCUGACACGGUGAGAAAGAUACCAACACAGGGUACUUCUCCACACCCUCUGCUGUGUCUUCUCCAGAAGGUUGAGGUCAAAACUGCAGGAUUGACGCGGCCUCGAACUUCAGACACGCCUCUCUUUGCCCAAUACGGCGAGCACAAGCACGUUGUCUAUUUCCCAGGCCACAAAAGUGAGGAUCGGCUCUUUGAUGGAUAAAGUACCAUGCUUGUUACUGUCCUGUGAAUGUCCUUCCCUGCAGACUGGAUGCCACCCUCUAACGAAUGAGCCCAUGCAGGCUGACUGACAGCAACCUUGAGAGAGACACGAUCCUCAUUCGACGAUUCAUGCCCAGAAUGACAGUUCCGUCUGUGAUACAUGAUGCCCAGUCACCGAGACUGUCCGUUGGUUCGUUUGCCCUGAUGGUGUGCCGGUGAUGAGCAGUGAUAGAUCUGCCACACUUGGGGCUGGUGGGAUGCAAAGGAAGGAAAGGACUGAGACACAGAAAUGAAAGACACGCUACACGCAGAGGCCUAUGCGUGUUUGAACAGCUAGCACAGCGACACAGAGACGAUCUUGCAGUAUCUCGGAUGAAAGCACGGAAAGAGGCCAUGUCUCUCGAG